AUGAGCGACUGGCAGCAGUCGAGCGCUGCACCGCCCGCCUCGUCUGCGAGCGCGCACGAAGACGGAGCCGCCGCUCGGGAGCAGCACCGGGAGCACGUGCAGUCGGUUCUCACGCAGCUGCCGCGCGUCGCGUCGGAGAAGGAGCUCCCGCACAGUGCGAGUCAAACGGACGAUGUCCAGUCAGGUGCACUGACGACGUACACGGAAGCGUCGGGUCGUGAUGGAGAAAGUACGUGCGAUAGGCAGACGUUGAGCCCGGGGGACGGCCCAUUGCGCGCGGGCCCAGCGUUCACGGGGCUGUCCAAUCAGGGCGCGACUUGCUACAUGAACAGCCUAUUGCAGAGCAUGUUCAUGACGCCUGAGUUUCGUCAGGGACUCUAUCGCUGGACGUGCAGCAAUGCAGAGGACAAGGUGCUGCUGGACCAGGAGGUGGGCGAAGAAGGAGACGAGCAGGAGCAUGGGCAGGAGGAGGAGGAGGAGGAAGAGGAGGAAGAAGAGGCUGAUGAAGAUAACAUUCCAUUGCAGCUGCAAAACCUGUUUGCCAAGCUGCAGCUCACGACGCAGGAUGCUAUUUCGACCAAAGCAUUGACGAAAAGCUUUGGCUGGACGGGAGCUGAUGUGUUCCAGCAACACGACGUGCAAGAGUUGUGCCGAGUGCUGCUGGAUGCACUCGAGAGGUCGUUCAAGGACACGGUGAAUGAGAACCUCGUGAACGAUUUGUUUCAGGGCGCGCUCAAGGACUAUGUGCAGUGUCGCGAGUGCGGCUACGAGAGCUCUCGGAUUGACACGUUUCUUGACUUGUCGCUGGUGAUUCGACCUUUUGGGUCUAUGGACAUGAUGAAAACUGUCGAGGAAGCGAUUGAGUUUUUUUUGCGGCCAGAAGUGCUGGACAAAGAGAACCAGUGGGUGUGCGACCGAUGCAAGGUCAAGCGCGAUGCAAUCAAGGGACUCAAGUUCUCGAAACUACCGUAUAUCUUGAUGCUGCAACUAAAGCGAUUUGACUUUGACUACGCUACGAUGAACCGCAUUAAACUACACAACAAAGUCACGUUCCCAAAGUAUCUGGAUAUGAACUCGUACGUGAGUGACGAACACGGCGGCGCUCGCGGAAAAAUUGCCCGGAAAAUGUCGAUGGAACGCCAUGUACUGGAGACAAACAAUCACCAUAACAAAUCAUCUGAAGGGUUGACGCCCACACCAUCUUCACCUCCCGUCACGCCGUUAUGUGCAUCACUGGGCGAAAAGGUGCACCGCUUGUCUUCCAUGGAUGAAUCACAACCGAUCGAAUUCGAGGACGGAGACGAAAAGAAGAAUGAUGAUGAUGAGGAUGAUGAUAUGUACAGCACAACUUCACCCGAUACGUGGAGCUUAUCAUUUGACCCUGAAGCCUUGAUCAAGCGGUGCGGACCCCAUGUGUACGAGUUGUACUCUGUGCUUAUUCACUCUGGUAGUGCGCUGGGUGGGCACUAUUAUGCGUAUAUAAAGUCUUUGGAGUCAGGCAUGUGGUACAACUUCAAUGAUGCCAAUGUUAGCGAGAUUUCUGACGCGGAGCUAAAGACAGCGUUCGGAGGUGCCGCUGGCACCAGUUAUAGCGCGCGGUACAGCACAUGUGCGUAUAUGCUCCUGUACCGCUUGGUUUCUCCAGAAAAGAAUGUCAACGUGAUUCUGGCAGACAAUGUACCUCAGUUUCUAAAAGACAGGAUCCGCGCCGACGAAGACAAGAUUCGAAGACUUGAGCAAGAGCGGCUAGAAAUGUCAAAGAAAAUGCAAGUGAAGUUCUAUAUGAAGGGUUGUAAACCCAAAAGCAUCGAGAAGGCAAUCUAUCUAUACAAGAAUCUAACGAUCCGCGAAGCGCUGGAAGUAGCGCAUGAAGAGUUUGCAAAGGACAAGGAUAUCAUAGUGCCAUCGAUAGGGAACGUGAGGUUACGCGGAUACAACGACUAUAAUUGUUUGCUGUCCGAUACGUACAGCGGCAAGGAGGACAUGACGUUGUCAUCACUAGGAUUCUACACAGGCCAACAGAUGUUCCUCGAAGUCAAGAGCGAUAGUGAGGUGUGGGAAGAGCAUGACCCGAUGAAGUUGCAGCUGUUUAUUCGUCGCUUCGUGGACCCAGAAUCCGACAGCGUGGGCAAGUUAUCCUCUGACUCGCUUAUGGCAAGGUGUGUCCAGGUGGAGGACGAUGCAGACAUUGCAUCCCUUUGCGCUUUGGUUGCAAACAAGUUUUGCGUCCCAGCUAGUCACAAAAUCCGCCUCAUCAAAAAGAGUGCAACCACGUACAGCAUCUCUGCUGCCAAGGUGCUCAACGCCAACGACGAAAAGCAUACACUGAGCCUGCGACUCAAGACGGACUUGCACUUGGUAAAUGGAACGGAAUUGUACUUCGAGGAGACGUCAGACCUAUCGCUUGCGUCGCCAGCCGAAGCGUUUUUCGAGCGCGAAGCAAACAUGAUCACCGUCAAUUACAAGUACCUAGCGAGGUCAGCGCAGCCAAUUCGUAUCGAUCGACGUAACACGGUUCGAACGCUGAAGGAGAGCAUAAGCGCUGAGAUCGGACUACCGUCAAGCGCAUUCAAGCUUUUGCGCGGCAUCAACAGUGCAGGCGUUGAGAUCAAGGCGAUUGAUAGCACUCUAUCGAAGCUGUCGAUUGGCUCGAAUCACACGGUCUUUGCGUUGGAAGGUACUCCGUUGAACACUGGAGAGUACAACUUCAGGUUGAUCUUUUAUAAUCCGGUACGCGCAGACGGGACUUCUACCGAGACCAACGACAGCAGUAGCCAGGAUCAGGCUACCGCCAGGCGCGCACCAGCUGAAGGCAGCGAUAGUGAGGGUCUGUUUAACAUUGAUGAAGUAUUGGUGUCAACCGCGAAGGAUGAGUCGAUGCUGAAUUUCGUGAACCAUAUCGUCAUUAGCGAGGAGAUGCUAGUCGAAGACAUUCGAAAGAAAGUGUGGGAUGAGCUCGUUGCGAAGAACUUUGUGGAUGUGAGUGACGGACGUUUGACUCCAUCCCACAUCCGUCUUCGUGACUUGCGUCAAAACACCAUGACAAAUAUCUUGGUCGAUGGACAGAAGCUCGUGGAAGCAUCGAAACUGGCAGUAUAUGAAGGAAGAAGCAUUGUAGCGGAAGUUUUGACAGAACCGGAAACGUCAGAAGUCAGUCACCGGAUCAUUGAAUUCGUUUACGUCAAUCGCGCAACAUGGCGCUUUGUCGAUAAAUUGCGACAGGAGGUGCUCGUUUCGACGUUGGAGGAAGAGGGCCAUCCUGGGACGAACUUAGCAGCAGUUGCUAGCGCUGCAUUGUCAAUACCGGCAGAGCGACUGCGCUUUGCACGUGUCCCGUAUCAACGUGACUCGGUCGACAUCACCGAGGUGGUAACAUACAACUACUUGCCCGCAACCUCCUUUGCACAUAAGGGGACCGAGUAUCAGGAACUCUUUCUUGUGAUUGACAUAGACGUGGAAAUGGCGUACAUGAGUAGCCACGAGCGCCAGCUCAUCCAGCGUUUCUUGACCAAGAGAAGCAAAGAAAAGGCACAAGCCCUGUGCACAAAGUACCCGCUGAGUGGCAACAGCACCUACCAGCACCAGAAGCCCAAAGAAGCUGCGCUGGUCAUCCGUACCCGGUCCAGAACAAGCGAGCACAAAGGCGCCGGUAGUGUCGGAAGCAGUAGCGGCAAAACCUCGAAUGGGGUCAGCAUCCGCACACCAAGUCAUCGUGCUGGAAAGACCGCGUCGCGUCAUCAUGCCUCAUCGGACACGGAUGAUGAGGAUGACACCGAUUUCAUGACGGAAAAGACCGAAGCCUUGGACCUGGAUCUCUUCGGAGGCCUCUCGUAG